GUCACACUCACUUGAAACGUUGAUCCAAUUUCGCUUUGGCUUAUACUUUUCUCACCCUUUCCGCGAUGUGCACUGCCACGCGUCUUGACUUUCGUUUGCUCAAUAGUGUUGUGACGAGACCCUUGCGUUAUUUGGGUGGGUCUCCGAAGAUCGUGGCUGCCUAUCGGUCUUACUGCCACUGAGAUCAAGCUUCGGGACAUCACAAGCAGGCAGUGCCAAUUGCUGCGAGUCUCUUGACGGCUCCUUAUUGUCCAGCUCUCUUCCCCCCAUCUCCGCGACCACAAUUGCUAUUAUCGCCCACUCUUAAAUUGAUACCGAUCUCAGCCUUCUUAUCGGCUGAGAGCCACCGCAAAUGCUUCGCAUUUACAUCAUAUCUUUAGCCUGCCUAUUGGGCAUGGUGCAGGCGGCGCCCUCGGAAAACCUCAAGCCUGCGCACCCCCCUAAUGUGUUUUCAAAAACGGAAAAAUAUCCCUUGCCAAAUCAAGGCCACCUCGACGUCCAUGACCCCAAUAUCUUGCAGUACGAAAAUAAUUUCUAUCUAUUCAAAGGAGGGAUCCAAGUCCCAAUAUUCAAAUCAUCCAGCCUGUCAGGGCCCUGGACGAAGAUUGGAACGGUCCUAGACGGUCCCACGAUCAUCGAGAAACAAAACCGGACGCGUCCCUGGGCUCCAACCACGGUGGAAUGGAAAGGAAAGUUUUAUUGUUUCUACACAGUUAGCGAGAAUGGAGUUCGCAAUAGCGCUAUCGGCGUUGCAAGUACCGACUCGAUCGAGAAUGGUUCUUGGACAGACCAUGGGGGCCUGAUCUAUACUGAAAAGGGUCCUUUGUCCCAUGUCUGGCCAUAUACUGUAUCCAAUGCCAUUGAUGCCUCGUUCAUAGUAGACCAGCAAACGGGACAGCCGUACCUGCUAUAUGGUAGUUACUGGCAUGGCAUUUUCCAGGUGCCAUUGGCCGAUGACCUAUUGUCUGUCAAGAACGCCGAGAAGCCGGACGCGAAGAAUUUGGUAUAUAUACCAGAUGGAAAACCAAAGCCGGAUGAAGGGUCUUUCAUGAGCUACAAGGAUUCUUAUUAUUAUCUCUGGUUUAGUCAUGGAAAAUGCUGUCAUUUUAAUAAAGGUUUCCCGACUAUGGGGCAGGAGUAUAGUAUUCGGGUUGGAAGGUCGAAGGAUGUGCGAGGUCCGUUUGUGGACAAGCACGGAAAGAAACUGACGGACGGGGGCGGCACCACUGUUUACGAUUCAAACCAUGGAAUCGUCUAUGCUCCUGGUGGGAUUGGGGUGCUGCCUGCCACUACCACGGAUCCAGAAAUUUUAUAUUAUCAUUAUCUUAACACGAGUGUCGGUUUCUUGCAUGGCGACGCCUUACUGGGUUGGAGCUACCUCGACUACGAGGAUGGCUGGCCUGUAGCAAGAGAAUCGAAAAACUUUGCAUCCACGCUUCAGCCGGACUACACCUUCACCAUGGUCGUCAUAUUGUGUAUGUGUUGCUUGGCUCUGAUUCUACUUCCAGCUCGCUUUACUGGUCAGAAACUCAUAUUACUAUUUGUAUUCCUAGUCGCGACAGGCUUUCUGUGGCUCCACAGGUGAUAUUGCGGUAUUGGAUGUUGAUGAUUGUUUGAUUUCCUAUUAUACCCUUUCCAUGUACCAACGAUCAGUCAUGCUGGGCUGAGUUGCAGAUAUAUAUAGAGUGAUGUUCCUGGCCUCGUGUUGUUUCGCAAGUGUUGCUGGACGACACACGUGGACACAUGUAUAUAGACUACACUUUAGAUAUGACCAUCAUGAACCAUCUCAUUUCCGUUCA